UAAAUGCAUAAUUCUUUAAAAAAAAGUUAUUGGAUGUUUAUAAUUUAACCCUAUUAAAACCAACACUGCACGUUGAGUCGCAAACGCGUAUCAUAUCCGAAACACUCAGCCGCCGCCGUGCCGCCGCCGUCGAUUCUCGAAGCCGCUGUUCGGUUUGUCUCCAGAGUUAGUUCCACUUUCAGCGCGUGAAAGAAAAUGGUUGUGGAGCUGACACAGAACAAUAACGAUAAGAGGAAGAAGAUGAAGAAAAAGAAAGCUUCAAGUAAUGUCAGAGUCGUUGCUGAGAUGGUCGAAACUCGCCAUGUGAAAGAUGAAACACUUAAAACAAGUGGAGGAAAGAAAAAGAGUCAGAAAUUGAGAGAUAAAAAAAGAAAGAAGAGCGGAACAGCCCGAAGAGAUGCUGAGGACGUUGUUCCCAGUCACGCCAACGAAAUUGAAGAUACAAUUCCUAAUAGAGUAUAUGCUGAGGGUGAACCAAGUGAGGAAAAAUUGCUGAAACAAAGAAAAAAGAAGAGGAAGAAUGUUGAGAGUAUCAGCCACUUUGAUGAAUUCAAUGACAAAAAUGAUGCAUCUCAAGAAUGCAAUGAUUCUAAACCUGAAGAAUAUUUUACAAAUUCUGAAAGAAUUAGCAACGGUGAUGCCACAAGGAAGACCAAGAAAGGUAAGUCAAAAAAUCCUGAAAGAAAGAAAAAGAAAAGGCCGCUAGUGUCAAAUCACAUAUCCUCAGAUAAUCUGCUGGAAACAAGAGAAGGAAGUGUAGAAGAAGAAGAUGAAGUUUAUCAGAUGUCUUCAGGGGAUGAAGAUUACUCUCGAGGAAUGAAAAAAUGGAUCACACACUAUCAUCAGAGUAGACCUGGGCUGAAGGUUCUGCAAGAGAGGAUUGAUGAUUUCAUAAUGGCUCACGAGGCAAGAGAGGAGCAGGCUAAAGCAGAGCGGCUUGCCCAAGCUGCAGAAGGUGGAUGGACUGUUGUUGUGCAUCAAAAAGGUCGUAAAAAGACUACUGAAGCUGAAAGUGGAGUUGCUGUUGGUUCUGUUGCCCAAGCUGCCGUCCUAGACAAGAUGGGAAAGAAGAAAAAGAAGGAAGUCGGCCUAGAUUUCUACCAGUUCAACAGAAGGGAAGCACAUAGAAACGGUAGUUCUUCUGAAUCUCCGAUGCAAUUUUUCAUAUGCUUUAAGUUUUAUUUGCAUUCUAUGUUAAAUGGUUUACUAAUGCUGUACAUUUCAUUUGUUCUAUUUGUUCAAUAAAGAGGCUCGUGAAAGGAUUAUAUUUAGGGUAGUCCGAUUUGUCAAAUUCCAAACUGAGCAGAAAUUAUUAUCUUUAGGUUUAAGUUGCAAAUAUAUAUUUUUGCAAGCAUUGCUUUUCAUUUUCUGCUAUGCUUCUUAAAAUUUUCCAAAGUUGCGUAGCUGACAUUUUAACUUCUCGAAUGAUACCUAUAUGGGAAUGUUUUGAGAACUACUGGAGCUGCUGAGUGAUAAUUGAGUUAGUAUGUUUUGAGUUGGUAUGUUUUGAGAACUACUUGAGCUGCUGCUCGCUGUCUCAUAUACUGGAUUGAAUGCAGAGAUCAUGAUGCUGCAAAGCAAAUUUGAGCAGGAUAAAAAGCGGAUACAACAGAUGCGAGCUGCAAGGAAAUUCCGCCCCUACUAACUGCUUUCCCCUCAGUGAGAAAGGUUGAGUGAUGUUCUUUGUAUUGAUUUAAAGAAUUAGUUUCACUCUGGAAAGCAUUGUUGUACCUUUUGGCUCUUAAGAUGUAUUGCUUUGUUAAUUUGCAUUUGGAUACUGGCACGAGAAAAUUUUUGAUUAAAAAUCCAUAUAGCAAAGUUAUUAGUGCUAUUCAGUUGCUA